CAGAGGAGAGUGCGAGUGCUACAGGAGCUGGCUGUGCUCCGGCUCUCCACUGGCUGUCAGCGCCGCCGCUGCCGUUUUCCUGCUCGCUUUCGCAGUGCUGCAGGGACAGAGAGAGGGGAGCACUCUCCAAAGCACAAACCUGGGACCAGCCUACUUGUUUUUCUCCAUCUUUUUUCUUGGGACCUAGCCACCAAGGAGCUAGCUCAUUUUUGGCCACCUUAACCAUUCCUAACCCCCUUCUUUUUCCUCCCUCCACCCUUGUCCUCCGCGGUUCUUCUGAAAUUCCUGGCUAGUAUAUGGAUAGAAGUUCCUUGUUUCAGCUCAUACAAGAGCAGCUGGACCCAGAGAACACCGGUUUCAUCGCAGUGGAGAACUUCACCAGCCUGGUGGAGCACCAUGAGCUGCAGCUGGACCCAUCCAAGCUGGAGAUGCUGUUUGCCCUGGUGCAGAGCAAUGAGGAGGGUCAGGUCUGCUACCAGGAGCUCAUCGAGCUGAUGAGCAGUAAACGUUCCAGCAGCUUUCGGAGGGCCAUCGCCAACGGCCGCCGCACGCUGCAGCGCGAGAUCCUGCUGGACGAGACGGGCCUGGGCAUCUACAAGCGCUUCGUGCGCUAUGUGGCCUACGAGAUCCUGCCCUGCGAGACCGACCGACGCUGGUACUUCCACCAGAACCGCCUCUGUCCACCGCCCGUCUUCAUGGCCAUCGUCACGGUUGUGCAGAUCAUCGUGUUCCUCUGUUAUGGCAUCAUGCUGAACAAGUGGGUGCUGCAGACCUACCAGCCCGAUUUCAUGAAGAGCCCCCUGGUGUAUCACCCUGGGCACCGGGCCCAAGUGUGGCGCUUCUUCAGCUACAUGUUCAUGCACGUAGGUCUGGAACAGCUGGGCUUCAACGCGCUGCUGCAGCUGAUGAUCGGCGUCCCACUGGAGAUGGUCCACGGCAUCCUGCGCAUCAGCCUGCUCUACAUGGCCGGGGUGGUGGCCGGCUCCCUGACGGUGUCCAUCACAGACAUGAGAGCCCCAGUGGUGGGAGGAUCCGGCGGGGUCUACGCGCUGUGCUCCGCACACCUGGCUAAUGUCGUCAUGAACUGGGCUGGAAUGCGCUGUCCAUACAAGCUGCUCCGGAUGAUCCUGGCUCUCGUGUGCAUGAGCUCGGAGGUCGGCCGUGCAGUGUGGCUACGAUUCUCCCCACCCCUGCCCUCCUCCGGCCCCCAGCCCAGCUUCAUGGCCCACCUGUCUGGAGCAGUGGUGGGUAUCAGCAUGGGCCUACUCAUCCUGCGCAGCUACGAGGAGAGCCUGCAGCAGCAGUGCUCCUGGUGGGUCAUCGUCUUCUCUUUCAUCACUUUCCUUCUGUUCGCCAUAUUCUGGAACAUCUUUGCCUAUGAACUCCUUGGGGUGCAGAUACCCCCUCCGCCCUGAAGAGGACGCCCUUCUUUCACCUUUCCAGUGCGCUCUAUGACUAACCUCAUCCUGUUCUCCUCCUCGGUUUCUUAACUCCAGACACAUUGGAACAGGUUCUUAAAAGAAAACAACAAGAAAAUCAUUGUCCGAGGAUAGAAGUUCAUUCUACCAAUUUUUUGGGGGAAGGGGGGGGGGGGUACUUUUCAUGGGAAUAUAUGCGAUCUGUAGUUUUGUAAACCUUUCCCAUUGUACCAACUAAAAAGUCAAUUCCCUCUUCACUGUGGUAACCUCAUUCCUCUCAUGUUGAUCCUGACUCUCCGGGCAGAUUUGGAGAAGAUUCUCCUUGGGGUGUUUCUGUAGAUUUCAAAGGAAGGUCUGCUGAUACAUGAAUUGACUUUAUGUCAGAAUAUGGGAGGGAAGCUCUUGAGGUACCAGUUACUUUAGCCUUGAGGAUCCAGCAUUUGCACUUUUGACUCUCGAGGCACGAUGGUUUUCGGUAUUAAACUAAAGGUAAAAACAAACUCACUGUGUUAAUCAACAGCCUGAGAAAUGUACUAUACAGAUUUCGUCAUGAUUAAUAAGGGCAGGAAGAGAGCAGGAGGAGAAAACGAGAUGAUUAUAUAUGACACUCUUGAAAUCGACUCGAGGGAGAAUGAAAGCAGUGCAUACUGUCAUAUGCAGCACAUCUAUAUAUCUUCAGUUUAGAGUGAGUGUUGCCAGACGCUUUAGUAGACCUGCAGACGCCCAUACUAAGACCAUAUAAUACUGAUUACGAAGACAAUUAAAAUGUCCUGAUCAUCUCCGGUUUCACCCCAGAUGCCAAAAGUCAUUGGACAUUUACAGAGGAGUUCCUUUAGUGGUACCAUCAGAUCAGCCUGAUUUCUUAUGUCAAAGGGGCAAUAUGCAAAAUACCAUUGCUUUGCCUGCUCAGCCACUGACAGACCUGCCAAGGGGGUGUGGACAGACCACCUGCUGUCCCAACCCUCCAUGUCCACAUCAGAGGCCAUUAGUGCCCAACUUAUACCUCAGUGUCCUAAGGACUGUAUACUUUUGUACAGGAAUGUACUGAAAGUUAUUUUAAUCAUCUUAUUUCUUGGGUUUCUUUUUUCAUAUCUGUAUUUUGUUCACUGUCUUCAAUACUUCAUUAUUUUCCUUCGGAGGAAAAGGGAUGAUGUUUCAAAUGGUGCCAAAUUGUUACUUUCUUAUGCCUGUUACUGUUGCAUUGUUCUAUGAUUCUUAGUAAACAUCCAGUAAAAAAGAAUAUAUCGAUAAAAUUACGAAUACUUGGACAAAUAAUAGUCUUGGAUCAUUCCAUUUUUUCUUUUUCUUUUUAAAAAAAAAAAAAAAAAACAAUCAAAACGAGCCAUGGGGAGAUCAGCAUGGACAUAUCCUGACAACUUUGCAGCAAGUUAGGAACAAAGAAAAACAAUAAAAGUUACACAAAACGAUUUUAAGCCUUUUCCUAAAAUUGGUUACAGCAUAUAGGUCAAAUAUUAGACACAUUUAAAAUUUUCAUUAAAAUUUAAUAACAGAAUAUAAGCAAACCACAUGCAUGUGCUACAAGAUAUAUUUAAUAAAUUCUUAAUGAACCUUUUUCUGUUUAGAAAAAUGGGACUAUGAUCAAUACAAAUGUCCAUAAACAUGAUAAUAUUGGUCUGCUGAAUUCCAUGUAAAGAUUUAUUAUGAGUCUCAUACUACAGCGACUAAAGAUUUAAAUAUUUUCCCAGAAAGUAAAUGGUGUAAAUUAGCAGGCAACAGAAACCAGCAAAGGUCACGGGCAUAUUGGAAAUGUGUCCUUUAAGCUUUAGUUUAAUUUACCUUCAAAGGUUAUACCUAACUUUAACAUUGUCAGUUAGCUGACAAUGAUCACAACACCAAUAAAAUAUUGGCACUGCACUGAUCAUUCUACAAAUCUCUAAUGAACUUUUAAAUUUCCUUUGAUAUUUCUUUGUUCCUGCUUAUAGGUCAGAAAGGGCUUGUUAAUUAGCAAUUUGAAGAAAGUUCUCUUGUCAAUGUCACAUGACUCACGUCCGGGGGAGGUACUUUGUGUACUGUUGCAUACUGCCACAUUGCCCUUCUCACAUCGAACACUGACCUCUGAUUAUUUUACUGCGGGGUGACGAUGACCUUUCUAGCAGAAAUCUAUUUCAAAAGUGUGGACAUCUCUGUCUGUGUUGGAUGAAAUUGCCGGCAUCUGCUCUGACCAUAAACAGCUCCUGAAAUGCAGAGCACUAUCUUCUACUGCGCAGUAAUGCAAAGCGAUGGAGAUUGUUGGGGGAGUGGAUUGAAGUGGUUAGAAUGCCGCUGAGAAUUCUAUGAAUGCUUCGAAUUCUGCUCUAAAAGGGAAGGUGUGCAGCAAAAUCGGGGGCUAAGAAUUAAUUUUGUAUAGUUAAAGACAAAUAAAAAGGAAAAUUGAUCACAGUGAAGCAGAAGAGGUUUGAUGUCAUGUUAACUGUAAAUUAAUAUAUGCACUGAAGCAAAAUUCAAAAGUCAAAUUAGCGUCAAGUAAAGUUCUGAAUAAAACUGGUUAAGGGCUAGACACAUUAAGGGAUGCCUUUAAUUCCCUAUAAAUUUGAGUAAAUAAUGAUGAAAUGGGAAGGGGUGAACGGCGACCGGCUGCGGUUUGUAAUUAAGGUUUGUUUGUUACGAGGGUGCAGGGUCUCAAGACUGUGAGAGGGUGUGUGUUGGGACAACAUAGUGGACUGGAUUAUCCUGCACUAUUAAACACUGCCUGGUAUGGCCCAAAGGCAAGCCACUAAAGUGUUUAUUGGGAGGUGAGUUAAACCCGCUGUGAUUGACUUCUCACAAUAAUCCCACCCAUUGUUGGUUUCAAAGCCUAGUAUCUCCUUAUAGUAUUUUUUCAAGGGUCAGAUAUCAUUCUACACGUUAGGGUUUUGGCAUUUUUACUUGAACACUUAAUGAUACUACAAUGACCACCAUGCAGAGACUGUUUUCCUUGGUACUGUUGGCUAAAUAUCGCCACUACCUAUCUUCAGCCAUCAUAUCUGAUUCUAUCGCAAACAUCGGGAUGUAAGAGCGAUUGUCUUGAUCCAUGGGCGGUAUUGAUGACUCCAAGGCAACAGGCUGAGCCAGAUGCCCUGCAUAUGACACAAUUAAUGCGAUGUAAAUACAGAAAAAGACCAAAAACACCUUCUAGCCUCUCCAUAGACUGUAGUGGUAGACAGAGUUACAGAGAAAACAGUGAUGGCGUGAAACAAGACCUGUUAUGUUUCGUGUUUUCAUUGCAUGAGAAAGUGUUGCAAAAAAAAAAAAAAGCAGCAGAGGUGGGUAGUGAGGAGGAGAGAGGCUGUUCCUGUAAACCUUAGGAAAUACUGUUUGUAGAUACGUGAGCUGUGGCUUCUUCCUAAUUGUACAGUUUAUUUUCAGAAUUUUUGAGAACGUUUUCAAGGGAAAAUAUUUACAGUGAGGUUAAGGAACUGAAUGAGUCAGACAUGCCUCCGUUCAAAAACGGCUCAAAUUAUGGGGGAAUUUGAGCAUCUGUUAAGAAAAUAUAAUGUGGCUACUGAUGUAAACCAGACACAUCCUUGAAGGUGUGUGUCAGUAAGCUGGAGAUGUUUAUUUCCUGCUGCUACAUCAGUGACAAGUAUGCCUAAUUACCUGGCACUAGGACCUAACCCUAAGACAGCUUUACCGGAACGUCCUCUAUGAGCCAGCAUCUCCUGGAUAUUCAGCUUACAGAAAUGUUUUUUAAUCCAGAGCAGCAUUUACACAACAGCUAGUGAAAAUAAGCCGUGCAAGUCAGAUACAAGGUGUAUAGCUAGUGAAGCUAUCUUCAGCUAAUCUAUUGGCACAGUCUAAUUGAUCUCUUUACUGAAUGCUCCUGCUGAGGUGCAAGAGCAGACGUGGAAUCACGGAGGUAUUGAAGUACAUUUAUACUUCCAAGAGACGAAUCCAUUUGUCUGUUUUAGGUGUACACACCACUGCCUUAGAGGAAACGGCGGUUUGUAGCCAACCACAUCUGAAAUUAAAUUAGUGAUUACUAUGUUUAGAGAAAGAAGGCAUGCAUACAGAAAACAUCUGACGCUGUGUAGCCAUAUUUGUGAAAAAUCAGUUGAUUUUACCAGGCGGUGACUUUACAGAAUCUGGAUAUUCUAAGCCUUUUCUUGGCUUUUUUCACAAUAAGACAGAGGAACAUACACUGACACUAUUUGGGAAAACCUCAUUCAUUUUUGAAAACCCUGACCAGGAUUUCACUUUCUCAGCUUUAAUCACCUUGUGCAAAGUGUAAUUCUUUGAUGUAAUUACUGCUGUAAUUUGGUGUUGUCAUUUUCAAGGUUUAAAAGUCUUUGACUUGUCUUUUUGAAGUGUUACUUCCUAAUGUUAAAACCUCUGUCUUUUGAAUUCAUUUGGAGUAUUGUACACAUUUACUGUGAGAAUUCCUGGUGUCCGUUUGAGAUCCUUCAGUUUGGUUCCAUGUUUGACGACUUCCUAUUGCUAGCCUAUUAAGAGAUACCUUUACCUCAAGGAAACAUUAUUGAUCAAAACUCACAAAGCAAAACCAGCAUAAUGAUUACCUUUCACAGGAAGACUCUCCCAUUUUGGCCAGUUCAAACCAUGCUAGGGAAGGCCAUUUGAAGAGGCUGCAUUGUGUUUACCUGUUCUCAGACUGGAAGGGAGGCAGGGAGACCGGCUGCUGAGAAGUCAUAUAUAUGUGUAUAUAUUCGCUGCUACCGUAGUUUCCAUAUUCCUCUUGCUAUAAUAAAUCUGGUGCCAAGACAAGGGGAAGGAUGAACAUAUCUAAAAAUCCAGAUCCAGAGGUUGUACCAACCCAUCGUUUACAAUCUUGCUAUGGAAAGAAAAAAAAAAAAAGUAUUUUUUUCUGAUUCAGAAACUGCUACAAAUUAAAAAUGUAAAUAUAGUUUAUAUUAUAUUCUACGAUUAUUUAUUGGCGUAUUGUACUUUAUAAAUGUAACUUAACGAUUUUAUAUUGUAUAUAAUUUUGUUUUCUUUUGUACUGUUCGUUGUACUUGCUUUCAUUUAGAAACCACACAAAUAAAGAGCUGAGACGUGGAGAA